AUGCUUUCGUAUCUAUCUAUCUAUCUAUCUAUCUAUCUAUCUAUCCUUAUCUAUCUCUCUAUCCUUUCUCUCUCUCUCUCUCUCUCUCUCUCUCUCUCUCUAUAUAUAUAUAUGUUCUUUCUCCUCUCUCUCUCUUCGGUUCUUUCUCUUUGUUUGUUUCUUUUCUCUCUCUCUCUUUCUCUCUCUCUCCUCGUUUUUUUCUUUCUUUCUCUUUUCUUUCUCUUUUCUUUCUCUUUUCUCUCUUUUCUUUCUCUUUUCUUUCUCUUUUCGUUCUUUCUCCGUUUUCCUUUUCUUUUUUACUUCCCUCGCCUUUUUCGCGUACUUCCUUUCUUUAUUUCCCACUUUCUCCCUCUCCCUCUCCCUCUCCUCUCUCCCCUCUCCUCUCCCUCUCCCUCUCCCCUCUCCCUCUCUCCCUCUCCCCUCUCUCCCCUCUCCCUCUCUCCCUCUCUCCCUCUCUCCCUCUCCCUCUCCCCUCUCCCUCUCCCUCUCUCCCUCUCCCUCUCUCCUCCCUCUCCCUCCCUCCCCUCUCCCUCUCUCCCUCUCUCUCCCCUCUCCCUCUCUCCCUCUCUCCCUCCCUCUCCUCUCUCCCUCCCUCCCUCCCUCCUCUCUCCCCUCUCCCUCUCCCUCUCUCCCUCUCCCUCCCCUCUCCCCUCCCCUCCCCUCUCUCUCUCUCUCUUUCCUCUCUUUCUCUCUCUCUCUCUCUCUCUCUCUCUCUCUCUUUCUCUCUCUCUCUUUCUCUCUUUCUACCUUUUCUUUUUUUUCUUUCCUCUUUUUUUUCUUUCUUUCCUCUUUUUUUCUUUCUUUCCUCUUUUUUUCUUUCUUUCCUCUUUUUUUCUUUCUUUCCUCUUUUUUUCUUUCUUUCCUCUUUUUUUCUUUCUUUCCUCUUUUUUUCUUUCUUUCCUCUUUUUCUUUCUUUUUUUCUUUUUUUUUUUUCUUUCCUCUUUUUUUUUUUUCUUUUUUUCUUUCCUCUUUUUUUUUUCCUCUUUUUUCUUUCCUCUUUUUUUCUUUCCUUUUUUUUUUUCCUCUUUUUUCUUUUCCUUUUUUUCUUUCCUCUUUCCUUUUUUUUUCCUCCUUUUUCUUUUCUUUUUUUCUUUUUUUUUUUCUUUCCUUUUUUUUUUUUCCUCUUUUUUUCUUUCUUUUUUUUUUUUCUUUUUUUUCUUUCCUCUUUUUUUCUUUCCUCUUUUUUUCUUUCCUUUUUUUCUUUCCUCUUUUUUUUUUUUUUUUUUUUUUCUCUUUCCUCUUUUUUUUUCUUUCUUUUUUUCUUUCCUCUUUUUUUUCUUUCCUCUUUUCCUUAUUUUAAUUUUUUCUUUUCUUUCCUUUUCUCAUUUCUCUUCUCUUUUUACCCCAUUUUUCCUUUUUCUUUCUCUUUUCUUCAUAUUCUCUUUUCUAUUUUGCUGUGCGUCAUUUUUUUCACUUUUGUUCAUAAUUUUACUGACCCUCUUUAUCUUCCUCUUUUCCUUCUCUAUCUUCCUCUGCUUUCUCUUCCCCCCCUUUAUCUUCCUCGGCUUUCUCUUUUCCCCCUUUAUCUUCCUCGGCUUUUCUUUCCCCCCCUUUAUCUUUCUUCCUUCGGUUUCCUCUUUCCCCCCUUUAUCUUCCUUCGGCUUCCUCUUUCCCCCCUUUAUCUUCCUCGGCUUUCUCUUUCCCCCUUUAUCUUCCUCGGCUUCCUCUCCCCCCCUUUAUCUUCCUUCGGCUUCCUCUUUCCCCCCUUUAUCUUCCUUCGGCUUCCUCUUCCCCCCUUUAUCUUCCUUCGGCUUCCUCUUUCCCCUUUAUCUUCCUUCGGCUUCCUCUUUCCCCCCCUUUAUCUUCCUUCGGCUUCCUCUUUCCCCCCUUUAUCUUCCUUCGGCUUCCUCUUUCCCCUUUAUCUUCCCUUCCCCUUUAUCUUCCUCUCCUUUAUUCUUCCUCUUUCCCCCUUUAUCUUCCUCUCCUUUAUUCUUCCUCUCCUUUAUUCUUCCUCUUUCCCCCCUUUAUCUUCCUCUCCUUUAUUCUUCCUCUUUCCCCCCUUUAUCUUCCUCUCCUUUAUUCUUCCUCUUUCCCCCCUUUAUCUUCCUCUCCUUCGGCUUCCUCUUCUUUUUCCGCUUCCUCUCUCAAACAAUUCCUUUUUCUCUUUUUGCUUUCCCCUUUCUUUCUCGCUUUUUGCUUUCCCCUUUCUUUCUCGCUUUUUGCUUUCCCCCUUUUCUUUUCUUUCGCUUUUCCUUUUCCUUUCCCUUUUUUUCUCCUUUUGCUUUCCCUUUUUUCUCCUUUUGCUUUCCCUUUCUUUCUCUCUUUUUUCUUUCCCUUUCUUUCUCCUUUUUGCUUUCCCUUUCUUUCUCGCUCCUUUUGCUUUCCCUUUCUUUCUUUCUCGCUUUUGCUUUCCCUUUCUCUCUUCUCCUUUUGCUUUCCCUUUCUCUUUCUCGCUCCUUUUUGCUUUCCCUCUUUCUCCCUCUCGCUUUUUGCUUUCCCUUUCUCUCUCUCGCUUUUCUUUCCCCUCUCUUCCUUUGCUUUCCCUCUCUCUCUCGCUUUUGCUCGCUUUUCUCUCUCUUUCUUUUUUUCUUCCCUCUCUCUUUCUUUUUGCUUUCCCUCUCUCCUUUUUGCUUUCCUUUCUCUCUCGCUCCUUUUUGCUUUCCCUCUCUCUUUUCGCUCCCUCUUUCGCUCUUUCUUUCCCUCUCUCUCGCUCCUUUUGCUUUCCUCUCUCUCCCUUUUCUUUCUCUCGCUCGCUUUUUGCUUUCCCUCUCUCUCGCUCGCUUUUUGCUUUCCCUCUCUCUCUCCUCCUUUUGCUUUUCCCUCUCUCUCGCUCCUUUUGCUUUCCCCUCUCUCUUUCUCCUUUUGCUUUCCCUCUCUCUCUCGCUCCUUUUGCUUUCCCUCUCUCUCUCCUUUCCCUCUCUCUCUCUUUUCUUUCUCUCUCUCUCUCUCCUUUUCCCUCUCUCUCUCUCUCUCUCGCUUUUGAUUUCCCUCUCUCUCUCUCGCUCGCUUUUGAUUUCCCUCUCUCUCUCUCUCGCUUUUGCUUUCCUCUCUCUCUCUCCUUUUUGCUUUCCUCUCUCUCUCUCUCUCUCUCCUUUUGCUUUCCUCUCUCUCUCUCUCUCUCCUUUUGCUUUCCCUCUCUCUCUCUCUCUCUUUUUCUUUCCCUCUCUUCUCUCUCUCUCUCUCUUUCCUCUCUCUCUCUCUCUCUCUCCUUUUCUUUCCCUCUCUCUCUCUCUCUUUUCUCUCUCUCUCUCUCUCUCUCCUUUUGCUUCCCCUCUCUCUCUCUCUCUCUCCUUUUCCUUUUCUCUUUCUUUCUCUCUCUCUCUCUCGCUCCUUUUUUGCUUUCCCUCUCUCUUUUUGCUUUCCCUCUCUCUCCUCUCCUUUUUGCUUUCCCCUCUCUCUCGCUUUUCUCUCUCUCUCCUCCUUUUGCUUUCCUCUCUCGCUCUCUUUUUUGCUUUCCUCUCUCCUCCUUUUGCUUUCCCUCUCUCUCUUUUUCGCUUUCCCUUUCUCUCUCUCUCUUUCGCUUUUGCUUUCCCUCUCUCUAGCUCGCUUUUUGCUUUCCCUCUCUCUCUCUCUCUCGCUCGCUUUUUGCUUUCCCUCUCUCUCUCUCUCUCGCUCGCUUUUUGCUUUCCCUCUCUCUCUCUCUCUCUCUCGCUUUUUGCUUUCCUCUCUCCUCUCUCUCUCGCUUUGCUUUGCCCCCUCUCUCUCUCUCUCGCUCGCUUUUUGCUUUCCCUCUCUCUCUCUCUCUCCUCCUUUUGCUUUCCCCUCUCUCUCUCUCUCUCCUUUUGCUCCUCUCUCCCCUCUCUCGCUCUUUUUCUUUCCCUCUCUCUCUUUCCCCUCUCUUUCCUUUCCCUCUCUCUUUCCUUUCCCCCUCUCUUUCCUUUCCCCUCUCUUUCCUUUCCCCUCUCUUUCUUUCUCUCUUUUCUCCUUUCCCCUCUCUUUCCUUUUCCCUUUUCCCUCUCUUUCCUUUCCCUCUCUUUCCUUUCCCUUUUCUCUCUCUUUCCCCCAUUCUCUCUUCUUUCCCCAUUCCUCUCUCUCUUUUUGCUUUCCCCUAUUCUCUCUCUCUCUUUUCUUUCCCCUUUCUCUCUCUCUCUUUUUUUCCCCUUCUCUCUCUCUCUCUUUUUCUUUUAUUCUCUCUCUCUCUCCUUUUGCUUUUCCCCUCUUUCUCUCUCUCUCUUUUGCUUUCCCCUAUUCUCUCUCUCUCUCUUUUGCUUCCCCUUUCUCUCUCUCUUUUUCUUCCCCCUAUUUCUCUCUCUCUUUUUUUGCUUUCCCCUAUUUCUCUCUCUCUUUUUGCUUUCCCCUAUUCUCUCUCUCUCUUUUGCUUUCCCCUAUUCUCUCUCUCUCCUUUUGCUUUCCCCUAUUCUCUCUCUCUCUUUUGCUUUUCCCCUAUUCUCUCUCUUUUGCUUUCCCCUAUUCUCUCUCUCUUUUCCUUUCCCCUAUUCUCUCUCUCUCUCUUUUGCUUUCCCCUAUUCUCUCUCUCUUUUUUGCUUUCCCUAUUCUCUCUCUCUUCUUUCCCCUUUUAUUCUCUCUCUCUCUCUUUUUCUUUCCCCUAUUCUCUCUCUCUCGCUUUUUGCUUUCCCCCUAUUCUCUCUCUCUCUUUUGCUUUUUUCUUCUCCCCUUUUCUCUCUCUCUCUCCUUUUUGCUUUCCCCCUAUUCUCUCUCUCCUCCUUUUGCUUUCCCUAUUCUCUCUCUCUCUUUUUGCUUUCCCCUAUUCUCUCUCUCUCGCUUUUGCUUUCCCCUAUUCUCUCUCUCUCGCUUUUUGCUUUCCCCCUAUUCUCUCUCUCUCGCUUUUUGCUUUCCCCCUAUUCUCUCUCUCUCGCUUUUUGCUUUCCCCCUAUUCUCUCUCUCUCGCUUUUUGCUUUCCCCCUAUUCUCUCUCUCUCGCUUUUUGCUUUCCCCCUAUUCUCUCUCUCUCUAUUUUAGAUGUAGAAUUAUCUAUUGCGUUUGUGUCUCUCUCGCCUCGGUAGGAAUGCGUCCGCGUCCGUGCCGCCUCGGUAGGAAUGCGUCCGCGUCCGUGUCCGUGUCGCUCUCUCAAGGAAUGCGUCCGCGUCCGUGUCGCUCUCUCAAGGAAUGCGUCCGCGUCCGUGUCGCCGCGGAAUGCGUCCGCGUCCGCGUCGCUCUCUCAAAGGAAUGCGUGCGUGUCGCUCUCUCAAGGAAUGCGUGCGUGUCGCUCUCUCAAGGAAUGCGUCCGCGUCGCCGCGGUAGGAAUGCGUCCGUGUCGCUCUCUCAAGGAAUGCGUCCGUGUCGCUCUCUCAAGGAAUGCGUCCGCGUCCGUCUCGCCGCGGUAGGAAUGCGGUCGUGA